UUCUACCAGAACCGCAAGUGCUGCGAGAGCAACCUGGAGCCCCUGUUCGAGGGCUACAUCGAGACCCUGAGGAGGGAGGCCGAGUGCGUGGAGGCCGACAGCGGGAGGCUGGCCUCGGAGCUCAACCACGUGCAGGAGGUGCUGGAGGGCUACAAGAAGAAAUACGAAGAGGAGGUGGCACUAAGGGCCACCGCUGAGAAUGAAUUUGUGGCCCUGAAGAAGGAUGUGGACUGUGCCUACCUCCGCAAGUCAGACCUGGAGGCCAACGCGGAGGCCCUGACUGAGGAGAUCGACUUCCUGAGGCGCCUGUAUGAGGAGGAGAUCCGUGUUCUCAAUGCCCACAUCUCAGACACCUCGGUCAUCGUCAAGAUGAACAACAGCCGGGACCUGAACAUGGACAGCAUUGUGGCCGAGAUCAAGGCUCAGUACGACGAUAUCGCCAGCCGCAGCCGGGCUGAGGCCGAGUCCUGGUACCGCAGCAAGUGUGAGGAGAUGAAGGCCACGGUGAUCCGGCAUGGGGAGACCCUGCGCCGCACCAAGGAGGAGAUCAACGAGCUCAACCGCAUGAUCCAGAGGCUGACCGCUGAGGUUGAGAAUGCCAAGUGCCAGAACUCUAAGCUGGAGGCCGCAGUGACCCAGUCGGAGCAGCAGGGUGAGGCGGCUCUGAGCGAUGCCCGCUGCAAGCUGGCGGAGCUGGAGGCCGCCCUGCAGAAGGCCAAGCAGGACAUGGCUUGCCUGGUCAAGGAGUACCAGGAGGUGAUGAACUCCAAGCUGGGCCUGGACAUCGAGAUCGCCACCUACAGGCGGCUGCUGGAGGGCGAAGAACAGAGACUAUGUGAAGGCGUUGGCGCAGUGAAUGUCUGUGUCAGCAGCUCCCGGGGCGGGGUCGUCUGUGGGGACCUCUGCGUGUCCGGCUCCCGGCCGGUGACCGGCAGCGUGUGCGGCGCCCCCUGCAGCGGGAACCUGGCCGUGAGCACGGGCAUGUGCGCCCCCUGCGCCCCGAGCACGCCCUGCGCCCCCUGCGCCCCCUGCAACUCCGUCACGUCUUGCGGCCUGGGCACCGGCGGUGUGGGCUCCUGCGGCAUCAGCUCCUGCGGCGUGGGCUCCUGCACCAGCAGCUGCCGCAGAUGCUAGACACCCGAGCUCAAGCCGCGGGCCUCGUGUCUCUCCCACCCAGCCUCCAGGUGGAGCAAGCUCUCGACUACUUCUCUGGCACUUUGAAAGGUCUGUCCCACUCCCAGCCUCUCACAUCUGUGUGUGAUCCCUUCCUCCUCAAUUCUGCUGCCCGCGCUGGGAAAGGCUACCCCUAAAAAGAAGUCCCCUUGAUGCCCAUAGGAAGGGGGCUCAGGGGCCGGAGGGCCAGGAUAAGGGCCCAACCUGCGCUGCCCUGGGUGAUGGCCGUACCCCAUCCCCCCAAUAUUCCCCUUCCAUCUCUGCCGUGUUCAUCUCUGUC